AUGGCGGCCGCAGACUCCACUGUGGUCAAGCGGGUGGAGGAGCUCGGCGACCUGGCUCAGGCCCACAUACAGCAGCUUAGCGAGGCGGCCGGCGAAGACGAUCAUUUUUUAAUUCGGGCCUCUGCAGCUCUAGAAAAAUUGAAACUCCUUUGUGCAGAAGACAAAGAAUGUUCAAACCCAGCAAACCUUUUAGAACUUUAUACACAGGCUAUUUUGGACAUGACAUAUUUUGAGGAGAACAAGCUAGUAGAUGAAGAUUUUCCUGAAGACUCUUCUUUACAGAAAGUAAAAGAUCUACUCAGUUUCCUUUCAGAACCAGAAAUUUUAGUAAAGGAAAAUAAUAUACAUCCAAAACAUGGCGGUUUGCUUGGGGAUGAGCUGCUGGAAUGCCUGUCUUGGAGAAGAGGAGCCCUACUCUACAUGUAUUGUCAUUCUCUGACCAAACGGAGAGAGUGGCUGUUAAGAAAAUCUGCUCUGCUUAAAAAGUACCUUAUUGAUGGAAUCAGUUACUUGCUACAGAUGCUAAAUUAUCGAUGUCCUAUCCAGCUAAAUGAAAGUGUUUCCUUUCAAGACCUUGAGACAGCUAAAUUACUGAGUGAAGGAAUUUUUAGUGACAUUCAUUUGCUGGCUAUGAUGUACACUGGAGAAAUGUGUUACUGGGGAUUGAAGUAUUGUGCAAAUCGACAGCCAGAAAAGCAUGAAGUAGAUACUGAUUCUUCUGGAGCAAGCUGUUUUACACACAAAGAACCCUUGGACUUCCGAGAAGUAGGGGAAAAUAUUUUGAAAAAGUAUGUAUAUGUGUGUGAAGGACCUCUGAAAGAACAAGAAUGGAAUACAACAAAUGCAAAACAAAUUUUAAAUUUCUUUCAGCAUUGUCAUAACUCUUAAGCUCAUCUCUUACUUUUCAAACAGACAAAAAAGACCCAUAAAAUGGGAAAGUUCUAGAAAAGAAAACAUGUUGCCACUGACUUUGAAAAUGCAAUACUACAUGAAGACAUGCAGCAUAGUUAACCCUCUUUUAAUAGUCUGCGCUAUCAUCAUAUAUUCUUAGCUCAUCGACGGACUGAUUCUUUAAUUACUUAAAAGCUAUGUGUAUUAUUCUAAGUCAGCCUAAACUGCAGGUGUCCUAUAACUAAUACUGAAAACCCCCAUUUAGUUUUCCAAAGAUGAUUUUUUUUUACUUUAAAUUAUUUUUUUAUCUACCUAGAUUGAAUUGGUCAAGACAUAAUCACAUUAACCUCUUUAAAUAUAUAAUAUAGUUCUAAAAAUAGGCAAGAUGAAAAAUUGUGAUUCAUUAGAUUCCAUUUUCAAAAUAUGAUGAGAUUCUUUAAAAGAAUCUGUAUUUAAUUAUUUUGCCAUGAAUUACCAAUGGCAAUU